AUGGCGCCUAAAGGUGCAAAGGCGAUGGGCCAGCAGCGCAAAAAGGCUGCCGGUGGCAAGAUGGCGACCCCCAAGCGUGGGCAUGCGAGCAAGAGUGACCGCGAGGGCCCCGAGCAACCCGAGCAAGCCGUCAGCCGCCGGCAGGAAAAGACCGAGCACGCGACUUCACCCGAACAGGCCAAGCGCGCUAAAGUGGACCCGGAAGCCGCCGUUUCGGCCCUCGAAGCGUUGCAUCCAGACGCUCUGCCCGACUACGAGAAGGGCGCAGACCAUGUCAAGUUCUCAGCCUUUCAGCACCUGCUUUCAGAAAAUACCAUGAAGGCCAUUGAUGUACGCUCGCACCGACCUGGCCGGGCCUCCCUGGCUCCCUGGUCUUUAUUUUCUGCCGCGUUUGAGCCAUGA